AGUUACUCCAGCAGUCCUUAUCAGAAGCAUAGUAUCUUAGAGCAGAGCACAAAUCCAUUCAAUGUGCUAGUCCUAUGUUGGCAUUCUGAAGAACUUAGAUCUACACUCAUGCUUUUUCCCAAAACCCUGCACGAUAGUUCUCUUCAAGUACAUAUCCAAUUGUCUUUUAGAAGUUAAAGCCAGUCUGAUAUUACCUUUCCUUCAAAAAGUGUCCUUCAAAUAUUAAUUUUUUAAAAACAUUUCCCUCUCAUUCUUUUGUCAAUUAUUUAAAUUAUCCCAUUUACCAGUCAAAUCACUUUUUCUCUACUUGCUUUAUCAAAGCCCCUAUAACUUUGGCUCCUCUCUAAAGUGAGCAAUCCCAACUCCUUCAACAUUUGUACAUAGCUAAACUCCCUUAUCUUGGUACCAGAUCAAUCACAUGAGCCAUGAAUAGCUCGUCACGGUAGAAAGGGUUCUGAGAGGUAGCACUGAUGAUACAUCAUUGCAAAUAGAAGCUCACAUUCAUUAAUCGAUUGCCACUUUAUAUCAUCACCUAUCUGGUUGAUUAAUUUUGUAACUGUAGCUACAAGAAUCAAGGGCCACACUAUGUUUAACCUAUCUGAGGGAAUGCUACACUUUUCCUGAUAUCCAGGAUAGAAUAAAAUCUUGUCGCUUUUCAAGAUUGACCAUGAUACAAUCCCCUGACUCACUUGAAAGGACAGCCCUGACUGAUGAGUGACCAAACCUGACUCAUUUAUGUUGUUAUGACACAAGAUAGACAGCCAAACCAAAUCAGCCUUUCUACCUCUGUACUUGCAACACAGUAAAAUUAACACCUUCAAAGACCCUCAGACUUGAUCCAACUGUUUCUCAGUUCACAACUCCAAACCAUAAUUUGAUUGAAGAAUAAAAACAAAAAUAAUGAAAAAUCAAUGAGGACUCUAACAUACUUUUACCCUCAAAGGAUGAAACACCAUUUUUAAAAAAUACAUUUAAUGACAAUAUUAGCAACACUUUAACAACAAACAAAACACAAAACUCAGUAUUAAAGCUUCGUCCCACCAGAUUCUUAAUCACUAUUCAACUAGUUUGGUCAUGUUCUUAAAUUCACAACUGUGUACAUUCAGGAUUAGGCGUCAGCAAUUAGAUUUUCCUUUCCAGAAAUAUCUACAAUCUUUCUGUUAAACAGAUCUAAACUCCAUCUGAACAAUCUUGGAGUCUUAUUUUUAAGUUUAUUAAUGAAAACCAAGGUAUUAUGAGCAGGAAAACUGCAGUUUAAAAUUGUUGAACAUAAAUUUAGAAUGUUGAAGUGCUGCUAAUAUCACCAGUGCUUUGAUAGUCAAGUACUAUUUCUGAUUUUGGUUCAAUUUUUUCAAAAGUAAGCCACAAACUUCUCUAUUUCAGCCUCGUCAUCGUGUCAGAGAACUGUUCCGGUCCCGAAAACACUUCCAUUCACUGUUAAUUUAAAUGAUUUGUUAAAGUUAGGUACUAUAAUACAGGUUAAUUUGUUAAAAUUGCUUUUAGUCUUUCAAAAGCUGCCUGACAUUCUGCAGACCAUACUAUCUUGGUUUGCUUUCUUCACAAAUUAAUCAAAGGUUAUUGACCUAAGAUUAUGUAAAACAUUUUGAUAAAAUAUGCACAUUGCAGAGAACUUCAUGUGUAUUGCUAUCUUCUCAAAAAAAAACACAUCCUUCUCUUCAAAUUUUGGUAAGCCUGCACAACCCUAAAUGUCUAGCAGUUUUGUUUUCCAAGUUUUCCCAAACCUUCAGUUUGAUUUGCCUAAGCUGCAUCAUUUCUUAUUUAAAUUCUUGCUCUCUCUCUUUUUCCUCCCUUCUUUCUACUCCGUCUUUCUCUUUUUCCUCUUUUUUUUUCUUUCUGCUCUUUUUGAAUUCCAGUUUUUUUAAGCUCUAAUUCUCUCUGGAAUUCCAUUUUUUUUUCUUUUCCAUUUGCCGGAACUGCAACUCAAGGUUCACUGAUACCUCCAAUGUACUGCCUGCAUGAGCUGUCCUCUUUAUUUUCAUUAAACCUAACUGUUUCAUUAUUAAAGCAAUAAGGUCUGCCUUCUUAGCUUGCUCUGACAAAUUUAUUUCCGGUCUGCUGGCUGACUCUGCUAGUUUCCUUUAGUCGUACACUACAACCAUACAGGGAAACUUCUGACACUUUCAAAAAGCGUUUAACCAUUUCCAGUGCCAUCUUAAGACAGAAUACAAACCUAGCAUCUGGUUAACCACUCUAAACACCAACAUCCAAUUCUAAACCUACAUUGUUGUGUUUCAAGAUCCAGGAUUUGCAGCCCCAAUUAUGUAAUGACACAGAGACAGAGAGCAAACCAAAUCAGUCUUUCUAUCUUUGUAUUUGCAACACAAUAAAAUUAAAACCCUCAAAGACCCUCAAAAUGAACCCUUACGUUUCCUAACCAUAUUUUGAAUAACCAAUCCCAAACUCUGCAAAUAGUUCCAGGCACUAGUUUGUAUCUUAAACAAAAGACUUGGCAAUUUAUUGAAAGUACAAUAACUUUAGCAGAGUAAAAUGCUGUUUUCAGUCCUUUUCACACAAAAGAAAUACAGAGAGCCAAACAAAUGCAGUUGAGGAUAAAUAAAAGAAAAUUACAAAACUGACCAGAUUACUUAUUGUUUUAUUAUGCAUUGUUCCACAACAUAGAUGAUGGUUUUUGCAGUUAAUUUUUUGAAGAUGUCAAAUGGGAUCAUCUUUACAGGUCUCUGUCAUAAAACUCUGAACAAGAAUUUGUCAAGAUAAUUGUCAUUAUUGUGGCAAUGACAGUAAUGGUGGUCGUGAUCAUUUGCUUGCUGAACCACUACAAGCAUUUAACAAGGUCUUUCAUAAACCGGCAAAGUCAGGCCAGGAGGCAAGAGGAAGCUUUACAGCCUGAAGGGGGCCUAUGCCCAACAGAUAGCACAGUAUCUCAUCAUGGUGCUUCAGAGCUGAUGUCUACUCCAAGAUCAAGGGACAGAUUUACAGCCCCAUCAUUCAUGCAGAGGGAACGCUGUAGCCGCUUUCAACCCAUGUACCCCUACAUGCAACAUGAGAUUGAUCUUCCUCCUACUAUUUCACUGUCAGAUGGAGAGGAACCUCCUCCAUAUCAGAGGCUUUGUGCAUUGCAACUUCGAGAUCCUGAACAACAAUUGGAACUCAAUCGUGAGUCUGUCAGGGCUCCACCUAACAGAACCAUAUUUGAUAGCGACUUGAUCAAUGUCUCUAUGUAUAGUGGAGGACCACGCCCACCAAGCAACAAUUCAGGCAUAAGUGCAACAAAUUAUAGCAGCAAUGGAAGGAUGGAAGGACCACCACCCACUUACAGUGAGGUCAUGGGUCAUUACCCAGGGUCAGCAUUUUUCCAUCACCAGCACAAUGUGCCUCCUUCAACACACAGGGACAGUGAACACCAUUUUCAGCAGGAUAGUGAAGACAGUACAAUUGUCCCACUUAGAGGGAAGGACUUGAAUGCAGGAAAAAUUGUUUAACUAUCUGUGAACUUAAACAGGUGUGGCACCAUUGAGUUGCACUCCUGUGACACACUGUUAUUCAGUGGGAAUUGUUACAAUUUAGUAAAACCAAACAAAGUUGUUAACUUUCUUUGAGGAGUGCAUGAUAUAAUGAUUCUAACAGUAUAUAACUUCCACUUUGGCAAACUAGCAGCUUUUGGCAAACAGUUUUUGUAUCUGGAUUAUUUCAUUUUAAAAAUUCUUAACAUAGAAUUUCUGAUGUUAGCUUAUAGAUAUUUUUUGUAGUAACUGAAUUGCCUGAGAUGGAUGCAUAAGGUGUUUAAUGAUAACUAUACCUUUUUGGCCAGUUUUGUGAUAUUUUCAAACAGAAAAAACUUAAAUUCCUUUUGAGUGCCAAGACAAUAGAGUGGAAGAAAAAAAUGCAAUGAAUUAACUUGUUUGUGAAAAAAUUAAAUGUUGCACUAUUUUCUUGUUUGAAAAAGGGGAAUUGCUUUAGUGGAAAACUUAAAACUGUCUUUACUUAGUUCCACAUAUGUGAAAAUAAGAGAUUUUCUAAGGAUGCAGGUGAUUUAGUUAGUGUUUUCAAUGCAUGGAGGUUGUUUGUGAAAAGAGAUUUCUGGUUGCACCCUAAUGCCUAUUUACACAGAAAGUGGAAAAUACAGGGACACAAACUGUUAACUGUCAUUGCAAUAACUAUUAGGAACAAUAUGAUGAGAAUUUAAAUCUUGGAAGUUCACAAGAUGGAAGGUGGUUUAAGCUCCAAAUUUGUAGCUGUUUAAAAUAUAUAGAGUGAUGCAUAAUUUCAACUGCUCAAAGAUUACAGCAUAUUUGCACAUCCUUAACAUUAGUCUUACUGAAAUUAAUGAAAAUGUGUUAUGUAAAUUGGAUGUUAUAAGGUACCACAAUAAGGUCUUCAUUUAAGUACUCUCAAAUUACAUUUGCAAAUGUUAAAACUGUUCAAUAACUGUUCAGUGUGUUAUACGUUCAGUCUGUAGAAAACAAACUUGAAUGCUUAAACUUGAAAGCUUAUGGUCAAAUUCAUUAAAAAAAGAUAAUAGAUUAGUUCUAGCACAAUCAUGAAAUGCAGUGACUUUAUGGUUCACAUUACAUUUACAAAUGAAUCUAUUGAUGAGUCUAUUUCACUGAAAAUGCUCACAACGUAGAGAAAUAUUUCUAAACAAAUUAUACAGCCUGUUGCUUUUGCAAAGUUUCAAACAUAUACCCGAUACUUUUGGUCCAAACUGGGGUUCAGCAUGUGCAAAAUAUUUCAAAAAAAGCAAAAGCCAUGCCAUGAUUAUGCUGAUUUUAAUUUGUUCAUCCAUUGUUUCAAUGUGUCUCUGUAGCAGUUAGAACAAAAUAUUGUCAGGGACACACAUCCAGGCGCUGAGGGUGUCCAGGAGUGGCAAAUACAGUCUGUGCUGACUGCAUUCCUCAUUACAGCAUGUUAAACUGUGUUUAAUUCCUUGCAUUUCCAAACUACUUUCUGAAAUGACCCGUAAACUGAAAACUUGAAACUGUAUUGAAUUUUUGUAAAUUUUUCCUUUGACCUCAGUUAAAAAUGCAAAGUAGAUGUGAUUUACCAAAUUUCCCAUUAUUUUUCACCUCUUGCUUUUUUUCACCUUUGUGCACUUUUCCAGCUUAUGGAAAACAUAGAAUGAAAUUUUAUGAAAUAAAAACAUCGUUGAGGCUGUUCUUUUUUAUUGAAAAACAGUUGUGUAACUGAGUACCAAGAUAUAAUGUCCAGUAGUUGAAUAUAUAUUCAGCAACUAAUGCUUAUAUAUUUCCCACUUUUGUGGGCUCAGAUACACCUGAUAUAUGUCACUGCAGUGGAAAGGUAGUAAUCUUUGGCUGCGUACUGAUAAAAGUUAGCACUGUUUGACUAAUAAUACUUCAGUAUUUUCCAUGUUUCAUUCUUGCUAUUAAAAGUGGGCAUGGACAGAAAUAGAUUCAAAAGACGAAAAACAACUCAUUUUGUUCCUUUAUGAUAACUUAUUUGACAUAUACGUUUAUACAGCAGCUGUCAUGUUUUCAGUUAUAUGAUAUGGCCAUCUUAGAUGGUAACCCACAAGUAGCAAAGUUAUUUUCUUGUUUGUAAUGCAUGAUUAUAAAAUGUUUAUCUUCCCUUUUCUGAUACCACACCCUCGUCCUUUUGCUCUCAUACAGGAAGUGUAACAUGGAAAUUGAAGAUUUAGAUUUGUCCCACAAAUUACACACUCAUGUUUUGAAACAAGCCUUUGGUAGAUUCAAAUAUGUCAGUACCAAUGAUGCACAUUGCACAGUAAAUGGGCUAAGCAUACAUUUUGACGUAUUGUUGUCAUUGUUUAUCCAAUUUCUCACUUUAUCAGCAAAUUCUCUUUCUUAGUAACAAGCAAGAAGUACAGGCAACCUAAAUGUUAGGAUGAUUCUUCAAUGAAAGAAUAUUUAAUUUGUUAGUCAUAACUGCUGUAGAUUUGAAUCAUAAAUGCUUAGAAAUGAGCAGCAAGGUAUCCAACCAAUUUGUCCACUGUUCCAUGAUUUCUGUUUUAUGUCCUUUUUAAUAUUCAUGCCACGGAUACUAUUGGUUAAAAAUGUAUCUUCAAAGACCACCUUCUUCAUAGACUAAUGUGAACAUAUAUAAUUCACCAGUCACACGUAUUAAAAGAAGCUGACAGACUAAUUUUUAUAAUGUUCAGAUUAGCUUUAGGUCUGUUUUUUCAAGGGCUAUGAAGGAUCUUCUUAGAAUCUUGCCUUCUACUUUAGCCUUCUCUCAUAACAAAUAACCUCAAACUGGGAAUGGCAAGAGGAAUGGCAAGGAACUGCUCCUCAAAGAAGAUAUAUGUUUUUAAACAUGCUCGAACAAAAUAAAUACUUAACACUGAAUGGAUCUUCACUUUUGCAGAUGUAUUUUUUCAACACCAGGCAAUAUUGCACUUCUACUAUUUUUAAAGAUUUUUUUUCAUAAAUGACCUUUAUUCAUGCAUUGCAGUAUCUUGUACUCUUGAAUUAAAGGUAAACAAAUAUUAGUCAUUAUUGUAAUUUGUUUCUGAAACUUUCCUUUUUGUUGUGUUUAAGGUAUAUGAUUUCCGAAGACAGCCAGUUAUUUGCUGGUGUUGCUGCUGCUUCGAAUGCUGCUAUUGCUUUAAAUAAUUUGUAGGUCAGCUUAUAAUAGUCAAUGGUAUGUCAUAAGACACUUAGUGUGUGAAGGAACCUAUUUAUGCUUACUAUGUUAGCUUGUUCUGUAAGCUGUGGUAGAAAUUGAUCUAUAUAUAUUUUUGAAGAGGCUUGCAUGUUAUUAGUAUGUGAGCAGAUAAGGUGCCUCAUUUUCAGGUUUGGGCAGAUAUAGGAAUCCCCUUGCACUCUGAGCUCCCACCUUUGUUGUGCCUCACUUAAAUAUGGUGCUUCUUUUGUUGUCUGUCUCUUAUGUUUACUUGUAAGGUGCUGUAUAUAACUUGAAUAUAUUAUGCACAUAUCCUGCCCAAUGGGUAGAAAACAUUGUUAAUAAUGUAUGAUAAAUGUACAAUUGAAAAAUUUUAACACACUGGCAUAGAAUUUAUGAAUGCCUACCAAGUGUUUUGUCCUUUCGUAAACAAAGUUUGCAGAGUGAUACAUAAAGAAAAAAAACUAUGUACUUUAUUUUCCUAAUAAAUAUUAUCCUACAAUGCUGAAAUUAGAAGGUGAAAUUACUGGGCUUUCCUCCGUAGUUGAGGAGGUAGUCAGUUUGUUUGUAUGUAACAGAAUUCUCAAUUAUAAAUUAACUUUACGGUGAUGAAGAUUUAGUCAGUCACCAUUAAAAUUGCAGCAGAAUAUUCACAAUUUAUAUUGCCUGUCAUUCAGUUGUCACUUACUUGGACCAGUAUUAGUUUAAACGAAGAUUGACUUAGAUUUAUAAACUUUAAAAAAAAACAUUGAAAAGUUGAUUAUGUAGUUUAGGAAAGAAUCUACAGACUAUUUUAAACGUAAAAAUAUCCAGGAAAAAAUGUAACUUGUCUAAACUAUUUAAAUAUAUAGAUAACAAUUAAAAAAAGAUAAUUCUCAAAACAACUUUAACAUUAUCAUAAAGGUCCUCCAUACUUUUAUUUUAUUUGGGAAAAAUGUAUGAUAACUUUAUUGUGAUUCAGUUGCUGAAUAAUAGAAUGGAGCUGCCAAAAGACAGGGGUGGGAGCCAAAGUUUAGUAUGCCCCAUAACACAUUUAGACAAGAUGGUGAUCAAAUACUUCACAGCUGUAAAGCAUAGCAACAAUAACAGCUUCCAAAAUGAUAUUGUCAUUUGAGUCACAGCUGACAUUAAUGUAAUCAUAAUUGUGAAUUUAGAGUUGUGAAUAAUUGGCAUUCAGAUUUUGCUAACAUCUGGUAUACAAAAUUGCCCAAUCUACAUGAUUGAACUAGGGGAAUAAAUUAUGACUCUUUCCAAUCUCUACUUGACCAACAACAUUGACCUAUCAAAAGGAGGGAAAGGGUAAGAAAUGUUUGCAAUUUACAACUCUGCCAUUUACAUUUGAAACAAAAUAGUAGUAGAAGCACAUUCGAUUUAACAUUAAAAUAGGAAUUUUUAUUGCUGCAAUAAAGCAAUUUAUUAUAAUUUAUACUAGAAUCCUUGCAAAUUCUGUUAAUAAUUAUAUGAAUAAAAUCAUAUCAAAUACUUAGCUUAUCAGGUAUAAUAAUGAACUACAAAUACAGAUAGUUCUCUCAAAUCUGUUUGCAAUUUACCUUUAUCACUCCUUGUAGAUAAGUACAUUUCAUUGAAGACUUUUUUUGACAUAGCAGUACUGCACAGAUCAGAACCUACAAAUACAAACUUUCUAGCUGUUAGUCUUUGACAGCCUUCAUGUCUUUUUUUAUCAGCUACAGAACAUUUUGCUGUAGCUUUCAAAGCAUAAAUGCAUUUAUACUUUGUUACCAAACCAAAUUAUGUACAGCAAUAUCAAACAGUUGAAUGUUCCUUGCAUUUAGAGUUCUGUUAUCACAGUUGAUUCUGGCAGAAGUGUUAACUGUACAAUGUAACUUUAUAAAAUUAUUAGAAAUUAGUGUGACAUAUGGCAAAAUUUGCUUUUAUGGUUUUUUAAACAGUAUUUGCAUUUUCCAUAACAGUUAUCUACAAAAAAAUGAAACUUGUGUAUUUGCCUCUAAUUAAGCAAUGGUGAUGUCAUAGUUUAUAGACCCAAGGUCUGGUUAUUGCAAUACUUUACAGAAGAUGUUGCUAUGUGCUGUUGUAGUCAAAUAUAUUUUAUGCUUGUAAUUGGCUGUGGUCAGACCAUAGCAAAAUAAUUAAACAAAUCCUGAAAUAGAAA